AUGUUAGCAUUUUUGUGUUCGGCUCUGGGCAUCGUUUCAGUGCUCACAUCAAUCAUUGUGGUGCCGACGCUUUUUCGCCUUGCCAAUCAACUCCAAUCGCAAAUUUCGAAUGAAAUAACUUUUUGCGAUCAACGUUCGAAACUGCUAUGGGAUCAGAUUGAUGAGGUGCAACGCGAUCAACUCCAAAACGAGCAAACUGUAUCGCUUGAACGAACGAAACGAGAGAGUCAUCAAGCAGAUGCUGAUGGCAAUGAUGAAUAUAAAGACAAUCAACAACACAUGUCGACCGUUAUUAAACCAGAUAACGACGGUUAUGCUACAACAAGACCGAUAAAGCAAUCAACUGGGAUGGCCGGUCCAACCACUAUAAUUUGCUGCUCUUGUGUUCAUGGUCCACCAGGUGAGCCUGGAGAAGAUGGACAACCCGGUGAGCCAGGUCCUCCAGGGCAGGAUGCACCUCCCGUCACUACCGACAACAUCGAAUGGCAAUUCAUUUGCCCCGAAGCUCCGGCUGGACCACGUGGACCUAUGGGUCCAAGAGGUCCGGCAGGACGCGUUGGACCUCCAGGAAUAGACGGUGUUCCUGGUAAUCGCGGCGAGUGUGGUGAACCAGGUCCAACGGGACUACCGGGUCCAAGGGGAAGAAUGGGACCGCCAGGAGUGUGUGGACCGCCUGGAACAUUGGUUAAGGUUUUGGUACCACGAGGACCGCGUGGGCCACCAGGGUUACCUGGCCCGAUGGGUUUGCCAGGACCAUGUGGUCCACCUGGAAAAGAUGGAAUGCCUGGCCCACCGGGCUUACCGGGGCCAAAAGGAUUGAGAGGUCCGGAUGGCUGCAAUGGAAUGAUGGGUCCGCCUGGAUUACCGGGAAUGGAUGGAGCUCCAGGCGACUGUUCACAUUGUCCACCGCCACGACUUCAACCUGGCUAUUGA